AUAAAAGUUGAAAGUAUUACGUGAUUAUGGAUUAUAAUCUCAAUGGUCUCAAUGAAACUGAUUAUUAAAACUGAUUAUGAUUGUGAUUAUGGAAAUCGAAACUGAUUAUUCGUUAGGUUGGCGUUAACGCCGAAAAAAAGUGGUUGGUAUUUCAAAAUGCAUUGACGGGAAGGAACACAUCGUGUCUGGUAAGCGGUGCUGCGGGAUUAAUGUAGGAGGAUACGGUGUAUUCGUUGACCUAAAGCAACAGCUAUUUACAUUGCUCUCAUUAACACCUGGGAAAUAUUGACAGCUAUAAGCAAUGAAAUGACAGGAGCGUGUAAAUACUAAUCGGUCACGCAAUGUCGCUGUUUAUACCGGAUGCUGGAACCAUUAUGUCUUACGAACAAUUUAUAUUUAGAUUACUGAUGUGUGUAAGCAUCAUACUAUGUUUAUUAGCGUGAUUUACUAAUUGAUAGGAUUGAAAGGUGAUUUGGAACAAACAUUCAAUUCUUUAGUUGAGCUCCUCAAAAUAGACUCAAUUAUUCGCAUAACAGCAGCAAAUUAAUACCGUGGUUUUAUUCGCUGCAAUGUAAUAGUUAUACAGUAUGAAGAGAUAUUCUUAGUAAAGGAUAUAUCAUGUUCGGAUCAAAAUUAAUGAUGUUUGUUCAUUGUUUCUGCCUGAUUGGUUAUUCAGGUACGGUUUUUGACGGAUGAACCUCUCUCAUAAUAGCUAAUGGAAGUUAGGAUGAAUUCCAUCAAGAUGAUUUUCAAAAAUUUCAAAAAAAAUGUAGCUUUUCCACAUUCGGACAGAAUAAUUUGCUUUAAUUAAGAGGUGAAUUAAUAGUGCAGUAAUGAGAGAUGCUUCAGACUGGUAAUCCUGGUCUUCGAGGCUGAUAUGUCGGAGGUAACUAAGUGAAAAUAUACAUGAAUUAUAGAGUUUGAAAGUAUAUAUUUCCUUUAAUAUAAUAUUCGAAGUAACCAACUGAAAUACUGGUAAUUGUGUUUUCGCGGCAUGGCCGAAGCAAUGAAGGAACAACUUUUAACACUCAAAGUGAUGCGCCUUGCUCGUCCCAAAUUUUACGAAAAUAUGUGUAUCCCAAUUGAUUCAGCUGAUUCAACCAGCCAGCUCAUCGGCUCUGCUCUCUGUCGUUUAACCGGACAGGAAGCUGCUGAUAUACCUAUUGGGAAAUAUCUUAUGGCACCGCAAAAGUUCGAGAACAUUUAUUUGGGGGAGACUUUCUCUUUCUUUGUUUGCGUACAAAAUAUAAGCGAUAAGGUUGCGAUGGAUAUAUGUAUCAAGACUGAUUUGCAAACCACAAGCCAACGUAAUGCUCUACCUUCACAGUUACAAGAAGCAAAUGCUGUGCUUGAACCAGGGAAAUGUUUGGGAGAAAUUAUUACGCAUGAAAUCAAGGAAAUUGGGCAGCAUAUAUUAGUAUGUGCCGUGAGCUAUAAAACAUCGAAAAAUGAGAUGUAUUUCCGGAAAUUUUUCAAAUUUCCAGUCACAAAGCCAAUCGACGUCCGGACAAAGUUUUAUAACGCGGAGGAUAAUCUGAAUAAUGAUGUUUAUUUGGAAGCACAAAUCCAGAAUACUUCUGAACUACCGAUGGUUCUGGAGAAAGUAAUUCUGGAACCAUCCGACUUCUACAUAAGUUCUGAAAUCUCACCUCCUGAAAUAGAAAAUGAAAAUAUGGAGCAGUCUUACCUCAAUCCAAGUGAUAUUCGACAGUAUCUGUUUUGCCUGAAACCGAAAACAACAGAUUACUCCCUUAACUAUUUUAGGAAAGGGAUAGCAAUUGGGAAACUGGAUAUGGUUUGGAGGACCAGCAUGGGAGAAAGAGGCCGCCUACAAACCAGUGCUCUGCAACGAAUGGCUCCUGGGUAUGGUGAUUUGCGACUGACGAUUGAAAAAAUACCAGCAACGGUGAAAGUCUUGCAACCAUUUCAUAUAGUAUGUCGGCUUCAUAAUUGCAGUGAACGACCAUUGGAUUUAGUGCUGACUUUAGAUGAUAAACUGCAACCAAAUAUUGCGUUUUGUUCAACUAGUGGUGUUGAGUUGGGGCAGUUGCCACCAAACAGUACUACCGAUUUUUCCCUAGAGUUAUUACCGCUAACUCCUGGAUUGCAAUCAGUUUCCGGUAUUCGAGUCACGGACACAUUCCUGAGGAGAACAUAUGAACAUGAUGAUAUUGCUCAAGUGUUCGUGGCGUAGUUUUUGAGGGCUAUCGUUACAUUACUUGUAAUUUAUUAGUAAAUGGUUUGCUGUCGCGUAUUGUGAAUAUCAUAACUGUGUGUAAAACAGAGGUUAUGAAAUUGCAGACUUGUCUAUUUGUCAUCUCUUACUUGUUGAGAUUGAUACUUAUUAAUAUGGUAGAAGUGGAUACGGGAACUAUCAAAAAAGUCGCAUUGGACGUAUUUGAAAGAACUGUAAUAUUUCCAGGAAGCCUUAUUUUAAGAAUUCUGUAACUUCGUUUCAACUUUUUCAACAAACUCUUUUGAAAAGGG